UCUCUUUGGUAGAAAGGGGGAUAAAAUAAUUGUGUAGAUCCAUGGUAUGGUAAAGCAGGGUGAUUGUGACCUCGUGAAACAGUGCAUUGUGGCUAGCCAGGGAACGAUUCCCAUUGUGUACAUCCUUCCACCGCCUAGCUCAACGCUUGAGUUUCACCAUUGGUAGGUGGUGGUGGUAGUGGUGUUGGUAUUAUGGGGAGAUUAGUGCGCUGAAGCUCAGUACAUGAGCUGUAAACUACACUCUGUGUGUUAUCGUGGGCUAACCCUUUGAUAGCUCGUUGGUUCUACGUACAGUCCGUCUGGUUGUGGAGUGGGAGGCCUUCUAUCCGUCGGAGCCAUACAACUUCAAGCCCUGUUGGUAUAUCGACUUGAUUGUUCCACUGGGGUAUUAAUGCACCAGUGUGUUGGAUAUGGGAGGCAGUGCAGUUGUUGUAUAAUCGACGCACAUGGGCGAUUACGUGGACUGUUGAAUCGUGAGCUGAAUGUAGUUGCGAUUUUCUAUCACUUGUGGAUUCCAAGACAAUAAUAGCAACCGUGUUUGGGGUUUUGCUCUUACGAAGGUUUCACUUUCCAUGCUGCUAUCGAUGAUGACAUUCAUAACAUCGUGGAUGAUUGCAGAUCGGGGUUGACCUCGAAAAGAUUCAAUAGACCAUUUUCGUAAUGUUUUUGAUAGAUGGCAAGGAAUCGAGAAGCCGGGUCGCGGGGUCGGUCGGUGGAGAUACCAGCACGCAGGAUUAAUAGCCUGGGAUAAAUGAGGCAAUAAAUUGAAGUUCACAUAGUUCACCAAGCAAAACAAGCGGAUGACAUGCCAACAACCUUUUUCUGACAGCGAGGCAUGUGUUGAAGAAGCACUGGUUGCUUGUGUUUAGGAGACAUGGAAGAUAUUUGAUCGGUAGACUUUGGUCUUACAGCCUUACAGUUACAGGAGAGAUAAUCUACAUGCAGCUCAGCUCUGACUGGCCUGGCUUGUGCCUGGGAUGUUAGUUUGGGAAAACACACAGAUUAUUAAAUAGACAAUUCAGACAGAGGUGGAGAUAGAUAAGGAGGAAAAAGAUAGUGGGAAUAGUGGUCUUGAAGGAUUGAUAUUAUUCUCUGGAACACCAUUCGACCUCUGCUGUGUAUUAUUAACCCCUGGUGCCAAGGGUUAUGUUUGUUGGAACUAUAAGAUAGGCCUACAUGUCACCCUGGAAUGCAUCCUAACUUAGUUCAGGCUUUGAAUGCUGUAAGUGAGGAGUACUGGUAGUUGAUUUAGCGAACUAUCCUGCAAGCUUUGGAAUACCCCUAGGAACUUUUAGUCAAACAAACUUUAUGUUUAACCUGUAUGAACUCAUCAAGCAAACUGUCCCUACAGCUUUGUGGCUUAAAGUUUGUAGCUCGAACCCUAGCUAUUUCACUCAUGCUUCGGAUUUAUUAUAGGGCCACCGUUUGGCAUCGUCUAAGCAUUUUAGAAGGAGGGAAGGUAAACGAAGCCAGAUUAAUCCUCCAACUCGGUUGCAGCAACGGGACCCACCUCAUAUCAUCAACCCGCGGGUCAUUAAUUAUCCCGAGUAGGCAUAUGAUUUGAUUAUGAGUGUUAGUUGUCAUAUGCCAUGCUGGAGUGCACCGAUUAAGGAUUUAAACCAACGAUGCGUGGAGGAUUCUGACGCCGCAUCCAGCCGAGAACUGUAAUCUAUCGUAAUAUAGCCGCAUCCGUCAGCAGGGGAUACAAUCGCCGCCGAACAACAUCCCAUAACUCUCCCAUCAAGAUCGGCAGGAGGAUCGAGUCCUCUCCAUCCUAGCUCUCUCAGUUUAACGACGGAUGACUUUAAACGACGGGGUGUCGGGAGGAAUGCGCAAACGACUCUUAUGGUCCCGUUGAUCAUCAGUGAUACAGAUACGCAAGGCCAGGCUCGGUGUUAAUUGAGAAGUGUUCAGGUGGAGUAUCGGUAGUGUGCAACACAGAUGCCUAUCUACCAUUUCGAUCAUCGGUAAGGAAUUCUGGAUCUGUAAACUGACGUUUUUGUACUACAGUUUUAUUUGGAUAUAUCUCAGAUUGGAAUUCUGCAUUGCAUCUUGUUUUGUGUUUCACAAUAUCAUGAACUUGACAUUUUCAACUAAUCUGAAGACAACUUACUCUUCGUAAACUCAUUUUGAGGAUGAGCUUCUAGCUGGUCUUACUCCCGCUUGUUUGGAUGUGCAACCUGUGAGACACAACUAGAUCUUUGGAUGUCAUCUGCUUGGAGAAAGGAAUAAGGAAGCUGUAAGUGGAAUAACAUUGGAGCUUCUGUGUAAUAUAAUAACAUCACCUAGUGGCCGUAUGGGAUUGGAAUAUGAAGGAUUUUUAAAUUCAACAUUUAUGGAAUUUGAAACCCUCAAUUUCCAAAAAGGUCUGUUCUGCAUAUGAUUAUUUGUUUGUUUUGACUUAGCAUUGCCGUUAACAAUAGUGCUGGUAGCCUGGGAAGUGCAUGUAGGUCACAGCAUUCACACUUCGGAGAAAUCAUUGAAGUUUUUAUUAUUUGACGUACAUGAAGUUAGCGCAAGAGGAACCCUCAUAUUUCUCCUAUUUACCUGUAGCAGUCAAGGAUCCUUAACAGAGUAUUAGAAUUCUGGUGCAAAUAUUAUUCCACCGACAUUUCUUGUCAUUUUGUAGUGAGCUGUGGUCUCAGCUAGACAGAAAUUUGAUGAGUUGACCCUCAACAUUUCUGACCAGAAUGCAGAGUUCUUCCUCUUUUUUUUCUUGGAUUACACCUAAAAUGAUAAUUAAUCAACAUUCCUCCAUUGGACAUUUCCGGAAGGUUUUAGCGUGAAACGUUGGCUCAAGAAAGAUUGAUUUGUCCAUUGCUUUGAUUCAUUGAUGUAUCAAAAGUAAAAUCUUGUGAUUAUCGUUUUAAGACCUGGUAUCGAUCACUUGAUUGAGUUCUAAUUACUCUAAUGGAAGCGACGGAAUCCCCUAUCUGAGUUGAAGCCGCAGACAAGAGCGUUUACAACCUUUCUAUUUCCUCUUUCGCAACGAGAUUGGUUACUUCUCAUUUAGACAGACUGGUAGGAAUCCCAAGGAGUGAGUGAGCGUAUGGUGAUUAUUACAUGCCGAGACUUUGGAGGAACUAAACUGAAAGUCUUGAUUGGGUACCGGUAGGGAUUUUAGGGGGAGUUACACGGUAAGCACAAGGGAUGGUGAAAGAGUAGCCUACCGACUGAACGGUGAUAGUCAAGUUCUUCCAGACGAGAGUCCGAGACCCUCAUGGGUACAUGCAUCAUUCCUCGGAGAGGUGGGAUAUCUUUUGACCGUGCGGAUAAGACAGCUCUUUAUGUUCGAAUGCUUGGUGAUGUGAUAGUUCACGGCAAACUGGUGACAACGGAACCUAUACCGUUUCCCCGGGUCCCCGAAAAUGUAUAUAAGGCACCAGAGAUUUUGCCCUGCAACAAGAUUCGGCGGACCAGCCUACAGACGCCCACGGUGGCGGCCAUUGAACCCUCCCCGCCAUCAACGUCAGCUUCGCAGGCGAAGCAGGCGAAGAAUGAUGACGGUAGCGACGACCGGGCGAAGUUGUCUACUGUCCAACAGCGCACACACCCUACAGUACUCCUCGAUGCUGCCUAUCACGGAAAUGCACAUCACAUGCUUCAGAAGAUCGGGCACUGGGACUUCAAUAUUUUCAAGUUUGAUGAAAUGUCCAAAGGCCACUCAUUAAAGAUGGUUCUCUUUCAUUUGUUUGAGCAAUACGGCCUGACCAGACACUUCAAGCUGGACGGCUGUAAGCUCAUGAAGAGUUUUGAAUUGAUUGAGGAAGCAUACUACAAUAAAAGCAAGAACCCGUACCACAAUUCUAUGCAUGCAGCAGAUGUUUGCCAAGCUAUGCACUGCUAUCUACAGGAAGAGAAGUUGCGAGAAGCCUUGAAACCGAUUGAGAUCAUGGGGGCGCUGUUAGGGUCAGCCAUGCAUGACCUGGAUCAUCCUGGUGUAAAUCAGAAGUACCUCAUCAACUCCAAACACCAUCUCGCUGAGCUCUAUCAGAAUUCCUCAAUUCUUGAGAACCACCACUGGCGGGUGGGCAUCUCAGUUCUAACAGAAACAGGCCUUCUAGACCAUCUACCCCCUGAACAAUGGAAAAUGUUUGUGGAUCAUAUACGAUCGCUUAUCCUGGCGACUGAUAUUGCCAGGCAACAAGAGUUCCUUUCUGAAUUUCAGAAUAUACUAGAAAGGAGUGACCUGAAUCUUAAGAGUCAUGAAACUAGGAAAUUUAUCUUACAAAUUGCUCUGAAGUGUGCUGAUAUCUGUAACCCCUGCCGACCAUGGCAGAUCACUGAGAAGUGGGGCAAUGUGGUGUCCGAAGAGUUCUUCAGACAAGGUGACAGAGAAAAGGCUGAUGACCUGCCAAUCUCCAUGAACUGCAAUCGACACACAACAACAAUUCCACAAAUACAAUGCGGGUUCAUAGGCUUUGUGGUUGAGCCUCUGUUCAAGAAUUGGGCUCGUUUCAUGCCCUCGGCCCUCUCUCAGUCAAUGCUUCACAACAUGAGGGAGAACAAGAAGGUUUGGACGGGAAAGAGAGAGAAAGAGCAGGCAGCUAGCUCAGCCCAAGCCACAGCCCAAGUCCCAGCCCAAGCCACAGCCAAACCAAACAGUGCAAUUCAAAGUUCCUUGAGUGAGACGAAGAACUGUCAAGCAGAAGAGAAGGUAACGGAGAGCUCGGUGAAGAGCGCAGAUCUUAGAGAACCUGAGCCCAAGACCUUGAAGCUCAGUCCGGCAGCAGAGGAGAAAGUAACAAGUAAAGCAAUGGAGAGUGGGAAUGUAUCACUCACUGGGAAACACAAACAUAGUGCAAUGCGGGAACCUCGUCACAUGGUCCAGGUGCAUGCGCAUCAGGGACAAGAACGCCCUCACUCUGCAGUGCUUUCACCACCAACGCAUCGUGCUCUGAACGUGCACAGAGCGGUCGAUGUGACGCUAUCAGACUCAAACACAAUGGGUGUUCAUUCUCACAGCGCAGACAAUCUACGUAGUGCCAGUUCGACCACCGCUGUCUCGAUGCAUUCAGCGUUGGAGGCGAAGCAGAGAGACAUUAGGUCACCUAAGGUCAACAAGCGUGUCAAAAGUGCAACGGAGAACAUGCUGCAACCUUUUAGUUUACGACUGUCACGCUCUCCGAACACGUUAAGAAAGGAGCUACACUUUGAAGACCCAUGGAAAAAGAUUGAAAAGUCACCAAAAAGCCCCGUACAAAGCCCGCCACCGUGCAUCGAAUCGCCUUUACUCCAACGUGCCAGUCACCCCCUCAAAAUUAGCCACACAUCGCCGGGAUUAUCGGACAGUAGCGUACGCAAUGUGGACACUCAUGGCAAUAACGCAAUAACAAAGCCAGGACACGGCUUCAACAACAACCUGGAUUUCUCUAUGCCUGUGGAUGUGAGAUCCACAUCGCUUCAUCAUAACAUGUCGCACAACAAGCAGCACGACGGCUCUGAGCCACUAUACUGGCAGGAGAGAGGUCUGCUCAUGUACUCUGAACAGAAUAGCGUUCCUCAAGGCAACUCCAAGCACUUUAUGAAAGCUGCUACGUCGCCCUCUAGCUCGCACCGCCACACCACCAGCAGCAGCAGCAUGUUAGAACAUAGAACUAAAGCCACACCCUCAAGUCUCUUGGUGAGACCUACGGAAGGGAGAGGGGCUUCCCCCUCGCUGACCCCUUCCACUUCACAGCAUGCUAGGAUAGAAGGGUAUUCAUCAUCUCUCUUGGUACCUAGUGAUUCAUCAGGGAAGGAUAGACCGAGGGAGAAAGGAUCACCAUUCAUCAGGAAACGCAUUGUGGAGAAUAAAAGAAAGAAAGACUUGCAAGUGCCAGUAAUCAGUUCUGGGAGUCUAUCACCACGGGUGCCGCCGAGAGGCAUGCUGAACAUCUACGCUCCCACAUCACCUCCCUCAGACCACACCCCUACAUCCCCAUCGGCCUACUCCGUACCCUCCGCCCUGAGCCCCCUACUCCAGGACUUCACCAGUAAUCAACUAGCCUCCAUCGCCCGCCGCAGGCAACACAUGCAGGAGGGGGACCAACCAUCCCCCUCCUCAUCCACCGCCUCCAUGGGCGUCGCCCCUCUUGGGGACCGGAGUCCACGGCUGCAGCGCCACAGGGGGGAGCCCAAGUCUGGUCAGAGCACUAGCAGCACCCAUGACAGUACCGACCUCUCCAGGUGAUCGCUGAUGAUUGGUAGAGAGCGCCGACACCCCCCCCCCCCCCCCACUCUUCAUUUAUUUUAUGUCCUUAGAGGGUUUCGAAGUUCCUAGUGCCAAAAAUAAUGUUGGAUGUAGGAGAAUGUGAUGAGUUAAGGUAUACAGCUCAUUAUAUAAACGACCAAACCAACUCGGUUUAUAAGGAUGUAGCACAUAUUUGCAGGCUUUGGGAUUGGAUCAUCAUUUCUUAUCAGGUUCAGAUCAUCAAGAUUGUUUUAUUUGGGGAACUGUUCCUGUGUUGUAGUGAAGUGGGGUACAAUAGGAGGAGAUGGCUUAGCCUGUGCUAUAAGAGAAGAGAAGGAAGGUAUCUUACAUGUGGCAAGAUGUUGCUUCCUGUUUGACAGUCAGCCUGUAUAUAAAGACUACAUGUACACAAGACAGGUAGCAAAGAGAGACUGCUUCAUUCACAUACCAGUGGUCUUUAUUCACAAGCUCAUUUUGAUUUAGAUUCGAGCAGUUAUUACACCAACUCCAUGCCGUGUGCAGCAAUUCCAACCUAAUUUCUGAGAGGGUUGCAAUUUGUUUGGACAAGAAUUGCAUAGUUUAUCAUCCUUCAUGGACCUUCAUUUUAAAGUUAUACUCAUCAAGGAUUUUCUCUACCAAAUGAGUGAAAUGAAUGAAGCAUUAUGGGUCAAAAAUUGUGCUUGAACGUUCAUUUAUAGACUUGGGUGCUCAGAAGCUGACAAGUCAUGUAGUCUUUAUAUACAGGAGGUUUGUUGGUUAGUUUAUGACUGGAUGAUGCAUGUUUUGUUUUGUUAUGUUUUUGUGGCGUGCGGGUCAACCACGAGUCUGAAGAAGGAUUGGUUUGUUCAAAAUUUGUUGAAUUUGUUUAUUAUCCAUGAAAUAUUGUUUGAUGUUAGGUAAAAUGUAAAGUGAACUUCUCCUUGUUUUAUUCCUUAAAGGAAGGAGUAUUGAGUUACAGGAAGAA